UUUUCCAUCAAUGUGGGUCAGUUUGAUUCUGUAUGCUAGUCUUGGUUUUCUUUUUCACCAACUUUGGCAGUAUUCCUUGUAUCUUGCUUUUAUAUUAUUUGUAUUGCACCUCGUAUUACUUUCCUUUUUGAAAAGUGAACCAGUCUGCAGUGGGGAGAAGAUAGCUGCUGUCGUUGUCUUGGGUGAUCUAGAACGAAGUCCACGUAUCGUCAAUCAAGCCGUCUGUUUAUCUCGUUGUGGUUGGCUUGUAGAUCUUGUCGGCUUUGUGGAUGCCAAAAAAGGAAGUUCCGUAUAUUCUAACGAACGAGUGUGUGUAAUAUCUUUGAAACCCUUCUUCCAUACACAGAAACGUUUCAAGUUGCUUUACGCAAUUACAGCGUUGUUGGUUGCACUAGAAAGGUUUAUUCUCCUUAUUUAUCGUCUGUGUUGUUUCCAAAGACCCCACUAUUCGUUGAUAUUGGUACAGAAUCCACCAAGCGUGCCUACUUUAGCAGUUGCGUGGUUUGCAUCACGUUUUAUUCAUAGAGCUGCAUUUGUUAUUGACUGGCAUAACUUUGGCUAUACGAUGAUGCAGAUUUCUCAUGCUCCAAAUAUCCUCGUGAGUUUGGCAAAAGCUUACGAACGCUAUUUUGGACAACUUGCAACAGCGAAUUUUUGUGUUUGUGCUGCUGCUCAAAAUUUUCUCCAAAAAUAUUGGAAUAUAACAAGUGUUUUAUUAUAUGACUGUCCAACGGAACGAUUCCGAAACUCUACCAGAGAUAUCAAUAGAUUACACCUGAAACAAUUGUAUAUAUCGACAUUAGAGAAGCUUCAGUUAUCAUGCGAUAGGACAGAACCUUCAGAAAGUAAUUUUCCUUUGGUAGCCAUUUCAUCUACCAGUUGGACGCCUGAUGAAAAUAUGCAUUUGUUGCUUGAUGUUUGUAUCGAAUUGGAUCGACGCUGUGCUCUGAAGUUUUCUGGUACUAUUGAAAAAACUGUUGCAAGUCCAAAGUUAUAUAUUUUAAUUACGGGAAGGGGACCUCAAAGAGCUUCCUUUGUCAGUCGUCUUUUGAAAUUGAAUUUGCAGUACAUUUUAGUGGAUACUGUUUGGCUACAAUGGGAGGAAUACGUUCAGCUAUUGAAAACUGCUGACUUUGGUAUUUCAUUACAUUUUUCAUCUUCUGGCAUCGAUCUUCCCAUGAAAGUUGUCGAUAUGUUUGCUUGUGGUUUACCCGUUUUAUCUUAUCGCUAUGGAUGCAUUGAUGAAUUGAUACAUCAAGGAAAGAAUGGAUUGUUGUUUGAGAAUGCCGACGAAUUGUGUGAUAUUUUGUUCAAUUUACUUAGUGUAGAAGGUAUUCCAAUAUUAUCUAAUAUGCGUGAGUAUUUAAAAGCCAAUCCGCUGCCUAUUUGGGAAGAUGAAUGGCUGCGCACUGCCAAACCAGUGUUGGAAAGUAUCACUUGAUAGUCUUGUUGAGGUAAAAAUUUGUAGACGAUAUGUAUCGGAAAGAAACCAGUUCCUAAGAUG